AUGUUGGGGCUGAUGGGGCAGCCUUUUGCGCCCCGGCCAUGGUUUUUGGCCCAUGAGCCGUCCGCACUUGCACACCCCGCUUGCAAGGUGCGUUGCUUACGAUUGCCGAGAGCUGCCCUGGACCAACCCCUGCGAAAGAUGAAGCCUUGGUCAAGCUUUCGGGGUCGACCAGCUGCUGGCUUCCUGUGUGCACUGGUGGCUUGGUCAGCUUAUGCAGCGCUGGGUCGCAGGACCUUCUGUUUCACCGCAGUCCUUGUGUCCCGCCUGGCUCUCCUGAUGAACUCUGUGAUGUUCGCCUCUCUUGGGCAGCAAGCAGAUGGGCUCAUGGGCGAAAGUGGGAUAUCGCCUCUUCUGUAUGAUGGCAGUACAGCCAGCUGGUGGGACGGACUGUUGCUCAGAAAGUUGCAGAGCUCGAGGCCAAGCUAUACUGCAGGCAUUUGUGCCAUCGUAGCGAUCGUGCCUUGUUUUUUGCCAGUCUGUGCAGUGAGCGGCCUGGCAGUUGGACUUGUCUUGGUGUGGCUGUCGGUGGUUUACCGCGGCUACAUGCAGGUAGACUUCUUGCACUACCAGUGGGAUGCCUUAGCAAUGGAACUCAGCGCCUUGGCAGCUAUCGCUGCUUUGGCACGUGUACCUCGCUCUCCGAUUGUGCGGGAGGGCUGUGCUGCCCUCUCCAUGCACUGCUUUGCGCUCCUGGGCUUCAAGCUGAUGUGGGGCUCCUGCUUUUGCAAGCUUUUCUCCAACUGUCCAGAGUGGAACUUCGGCACAGCCAUGCAGCACCACCAUCGCACCACAUGCUUGCCUAAGCCUUUGGCCCGCACGAUGCAUCGGUGGAGCUCCUCAAGCAAAGUCUCCCAAGCACAGGUUCGGGCGACCCUCUGGGUCGAGGGGCCGCUCUCCUUGUUGGCGCUCCUUGGCUGGCCCCGGGGUCGGGCAAUUUGUGCGCUGCUCUGGUGUGCCUUGAUGCUGACGAUUGCAGCUUCUGGGAACUACGGCUUCUUCAACCUGCAGACCUGUGUGAUCGCUGUGGCGCUGCUCGAUGACCAUCAGCUCGGACAAAUGCUGGGCAAUUCUGUGCUCGACCCGCCCAUGGCUCUGCCCACCUGGUUUGUUCUGGACGGCAUACCCUGGGCGACGACUUUCUGCUACUGGGUCUUAUACACCGGGGCGACCAUGUCGUCCCUCCACCGUAUCAGCCGCGUGAAGCCCCCCGUGCUGUUCGAAGAGGCAGAGGAGCUACUAGCGUCGGCUCAGCUGUCCUGCCGAUACGGUCUGUUUGCACGCAUGACGACCACCAGAGAUGAGGUAGUGAUACGAGAGUUGCACCAACUGCCCCGAGACUUGGGGCAGCGUGCAGUAAAGGAUGGACUUGCAAGUAAGGCAAGUGAUGACACAUACUGGGUGGAACUUGCCUUCCCUUAUAAACCCGGCCCACUAAAUCGGGCCCCACCUGUCUUGUUGACCCAUAUGCCUCGGCUGGAUUGGCAGCUCUGGUUUGUCUCACUAGAAUGGGCGCAGACUUCCGAUACUCCAGCUUGGUUCCAACGCUUCCUGCAGUGCUUGCGCGAGCGGCGCGCCAGUGUCGUGCGUUUAGUUGCGCACAAAGGACAGCACCCAGUGCAGGAGCUUGUCCUACUGCAGUCGCCGAAAGCCACGCGUGUCGCUUUCGAAGAGUAUGACUUUUGCAUGCCCAGCCAGCUGGACGUCACAAAGACUGAUGACAGCUGGCAAUGCGGAGAGUGGUGGUGCCGAAGAACACCAGCCGCCAGCUCGCAGCGCCAGGACGAGUGGUCAGCCUGGUUUUCCUAG